UUGGCUUGUGGAAUAAAUUCAUUCAAAGUAAGAAUCCCCAAACUGUUACCCAAAUCCCAAGAUCACCAAAUUGAAGAGUAUAUCAAAUUCAUAGCCCAAAAAUGGACGAAGAUCAAGUGGAAUGCCGGAGUACCAGCAGCGAUCAGGAGCUGGACCAUAGCCGGUGCCGUCGAAAGGCCGUUCACUAUGCCUCCGUUGGGGAUUUCCUCUCCAGCCUCAACAUCAACGACACCUCGGUGAGCUCCCUGCAGGGCCUGCAAACCCUAACCCUGGAGGAUUACUUGCGUACCAUGCGCAAUCCGGAGCAGAUAACGCCCUCGAAUUCCAACUCGAAGUCGAACUCGCCUUCGCCCUCGCCCUCGCCCUCACCCUCGCCUCCGGGUGAUGGCAAUCGGCAGUUGCGCUGCAAGUCUCCACUAAAGUUGCGACUCGGCCGGGACAUUCACCGCGUUGGAUCUCCGGACAAGGAGGCCUUCAUCCCCCAAUACCACAGUCCACCAAGUCCACCCGAGGAGCCCCGCAAAGUUCAGCUCUCCUUUAGCUUUUAGUAGUGGACCUGUUUUGUUGAGCCGUGAAUCAUAUCGUCC